AGCAGCAGAGAUGGUAGAUGCUUAUAGAGUUUUGUUCACCUUGCUGCUGGUGGUAGUAGAAUGUGGGGGGACAGCGCAGACUGGAGCUCGUCACGGCGACUGCCCGUCCCGUUGUCACUGCGAAGAAGACGGCAUGCUUGUGCGAGUCGACUGCUCGGACCUCGGCCUGACGGCUCUGCCAGCGAACCUUAGCGUCUUUACUUCAUAUCUCGACCUCAGCAUGAACAACCUCACUCUGCUGCCCAGCAGUGCCCUCUCCAACCUCCACUUCCUGGAAGAGCUGCGUCUCGCAGGAAAUGACCUGACCCACAUCCCUAAAGGGGCUUUCUCCGGCCUUUUCAAUCUCAAAGUGCUAAUGCUGCAGAACAACCAGCUCCGCCAGGUCCCCAGCGAGGCCCUCCAGAACCUGCGAAACCUCCAGUCGCUGCGCUUGGAUGCCAACCACAUCUACAGUGUGCCACAUGGCUGCUUCGACGGGCUGGUGUCACUGCGCCACCUGUGGUUGGACGACAACGCCCUGACGGAGGUGCCCAUCCAGGCCCUGAGCGGCCUCUCCUCUCUGCAGGCCAUGACCCUCGCCCUCAACAAGAUCGUCCGCAUCCCUGAUCACGCCUUCGCCAACCUCUCCAGCCUGGUUGUCCUACAUCUCCAUAACAAUAGAAUCCACUCCCUGGGAAAGAAAUGCUUUGAUGGACUCCAGAGCCUGGAGACUUUAGAUCUGAAUUACAACAAUCUGGAUGAGUUCCCUAUCGCAAUCAAAGCUCUGACUAACCUGAAGGAGCUGGGCUUUCACAGCAACAACAUCAAGGCCAUCCCUGAGCAUGCCUUCAUUGGAAACCCCUCUCUGCUGACAAUAUUCUUCUAUGACAAUCCCAUCCAGUUUGUGGGCAAGUCAGCCUUCCAGCACUUGCCGGAACUGCGGACCCUAUCACUCAACGGGGCCACAGAAAUCACAGAGUUCCCAGACCUGACUGGCACCAAGAGUCUGGAAAGCCUGACCAUUACAGGAGCUCGCAUUACAUCACUGCCCAAUACUGUGUGUGACCAGUUACCCAACCUGCAAGUGCUGGACCUCUCCUACAACUUGAUCCAGCACCUGCCCAGCUUCAACGGAUGUGAAAAAAUCCAGAGAAUCGACCUGCAUCACAACGAAAUCCAAGAGGUGCUGGCAGACACUUUCCAGGAGCUGACGGCGCUCAGAUCCCUCGAUCUGGCUUGGAACAAGCUGAGCAGUGUGGACCCUCACGCCUUCUCCAAUCUCCCCUCAUUAAUCAAACUGGACCUGACCUCCAACCUGCUGUCCUCUCUACCAGUGACUGGGCUCCACAGUCUCACUCACCUGAAACUGGCUGGCAACGAAGGGCUGCAGGAGCUACUCUCUGCAGAGAACUUCCCCAAACUCAGGGUGAUGGAGAUGCCUUAUGCGUUCCAGUGCUGUGCCUUUGUGUCCUGUGAGAACUCUGCUGAUCCCUGGGACCGAGAGGAGAACAGCAGCAAGGAUGAGUACGGCAGGAGAGAUGCCAACAUCAUGUCUAAUCAAGAAGACCAUGACCUGGAGGACUUCCUACUGGACCUGGAGGAGGACCCCAAAUCCCACCACUCAGUGCAGUGCUCCCCAGCUCCAGGUCCGUUUCGCCCCUGUUACCACCUGUUUGGGAGCUGGCUCAUCCGCAGUGGGGUGUGGAUCAUCGUGGUGCUGUCCCUGGUCUGCAACACUCUGGUGGCGAUCACCAUCUUCCUGUCUCCCACCUACGUAUCUCCAGCCAAGCACCUGGUUGGCCUCCUUGCCGUGGUCAACAGCCUCAUGGGUGUGUCCAGUGGAAUCCUGGCCGUGGUCGACGCCCUGACCUUCGGAAGCUUCGCCAAGUAUGGGGCAUGGUGGGAGAGUGGUGCAGGGUGCAAGAUCACAGGGUUCAUGUCCGUCUUUGCCUCGGAGACCUGCAUCUUCCUCCUGACCACCGCAGCUCUGGAACGGGGCCUAUCCAUCCGCUGCUCCAAGAGGGCAGAAGCCAAAACAUCCGCCGGGAACAUCAGACUUGCUUCUGCCUUAUGCUUCUUCCUGGCUCUAGCUAUUACAGUCCUGCCCCUCCUGCACGUGGGCGAGUAUGGCAUCUCCUCCCUCUGUCUCCCGCUGCCCUUUGGCGAGCCCUCCAGCCUGGGCUUCAUGGUGGCCCUGGUUCUGCUCAACUCCCUCUGCUACUUCGUUAUGACAGUCACCUAUGCCAAGCUCUACUGCAGCCUGGAGAAGGGUGAGCUGGACAACUUCUGGGACUGUGCCAUGAUCAAGCACGUGGCCUGGCUGCUCUUCACCAACUGCGUCCUCUACUUCCCUGUGGCCUUCCUGUCUUUCUCCUCCCUCCUCAGCCUCUCGUUCAUCAGCCCGGAGGUGGUCAAGUCCAUCCUGCUGGUCAUUGUGCCCCUGCCCGCCUGCCUGAACCCCCUCCUAUACCUGCUCUUCAACCCCCACUUCAAGGAGGAUCUUAGCCUGCUCCUCAAGCGGACGCACUCCUGGAAGAGGACCCAGCAGGCCAGCCUGGUCUCCCUGAACUCUGAGGAUGCGGAGAAGCAGUCGUGUGACUCCACACAAGCUCUAGUCACCCUCACAUCCUCGGACAAGUCAGAGGGCAAGUCGCCCCGCCAGAGCACAGAGGCUUACCGCCCCCCAGUGCCAUUUGUCCCAUGUCGCUAGGCCUGGUAACGAGUCAGGCUGCAUCGCUGGAGCGAACUUUUGCUAUAGCGCCAGACUCCCGACUGCCAUCCUGUAACGCAGGCGAAAACCAUACAUGAAAAUACCGGACUACCACAGUACCCGUAGCCAGACGAGGAAACUGACAAGGUUGUGAAGCGUGGACAGAGUCAAUCUGUACUAUAUAUAUCUGGACAAUAUUAAUGCUUCUUCCUCAUCCAAAUAUAGAGGUAGAGUCCAAAUUCAGGUAUACAACUGCCAGUUUUGCAUUUACCUCAGCAGUCUCUCACUGCAGAGCACAUUUGUAAAUCUCAAGAUGUUUUCUGGGGGCAUGACAGGGACAUCAAAAGGAAAACAGAGCUGGUCGUCAAUAAAAAAAAUCGGUUUGGCAAUGUGUAGCCACACGUGAUUGUGUAAAAUGAAGGUACUGGCCAAAGUUGUAGGCCUACUCGAUACAGGAGAAAACUGUUCUGUAAAGAGCUUCUUGUUGUCAUUUCAUAUGGGGCAUAACACACGUGUUGCCACCCUGCUUAACUGAAACUACAUUGUUUUUACUGAACAGAUUUGUAUGACCAAUCAAAAAUCAUCCUCAAAAGGACGUAAUG